AUGUCCACGUGGAAAGCGAGACUCACCAAAAGCCUGAAGUUCCCAUCUCGAAGGAUGCACCCCUUUCCGUGCUCAGCUCUGCUGGCUUGUUUUGGAAAUACCAGGGAGAAUGCUGCCUUUGAUCAGUCCAGCUCCAACGAUACUCACUCGACCGUCUAUGUCCAGCCCAUGGCCAAAGUGGGCAGACACCCAAGUCACCCGAGGGCGGAAGAAGGAGCUCUAGAGAAAAGGCAGGCUUCUGGUACAAACUCGGAGAGAAACGGCAGUGCAAAUCGAAAUUCCAGAAACCACACCACUGUCCAGCCUGCGGAGACUCCUGAGGACUUGUCCGGGUCUCUGAACAAUGACACAGGCUGUGAAGCAGUUACUUUCCAGACGUCCAUCCCUAGACCAUCAAUUAUUGACAUGCCAAAG